AUGGGCAACUUUAGAACUUCUACAGAGGGAUCGGGGAGCUCAUUCUCAAAGAAUUAUGACGACUCAAGUAAAAGCUCAAUAGGUCCCUUUCGGCACAUAUCGAGUCAAAGAGUCACAAGCAAUGAGAGGGGGCCUCUAUUAGACAGUGAUCGAGGAAUAGGCGCUGAUUCUAGCUCCCAUAGAAGUAGUUUGAGGCACAGUGUGAUCGCAGGCUCAUCUUUAGGCUCUUUUGCUAACGAUGAAGAUGAUGCAAAAUCUAUAACUUACAGAGGCUACGGCACAAAUGACGAUGACCGUAGGCUUUCUACAGGUGGCUAUAUUCCAGGUACUGCUAAGGCCAUGGAAGACUUGGAGUGGAAGGAUAUAAUACCAUAUUACAUUCCGUGCAUUUCCUGGAUGAAAUUGUACAGUUUUGAAUACUUAACUGGUGAUGUGAUUGGUGGUCUUACAUUAGUAUUUUUUCAGCUUCCAUUGGCUAUGUCCUAUGCUACAUCAUUAGCGAGAGUACCACUUAUAUGUGGCUUGCUCUCGCUAGGGAUUUCUCCUUUGAUGUAUAUGAUAUUUGGUAGUGUCCCUCAAAUGAUAGUGGGCCCCGAGGGACCUAUUCUGUUGAUAGUAGGUCAGGCUGUGGAGCCUUUUCUUCACCAUCACAAGAAGGAAAGUUUUGAUGCUGUUGAAUGUCUUGUUGCGAUCACUUUUGUAAGUGGGGCUUCCUUAUUGGGGUUUGGCCUAGGAAGAUUUGGGUUCUUAGAUAAUGUUUUGUGUGCUUGCUUAUUAAAGGGUUUUAUCAGCAGCGUGGGCAUAGUGAUGCUUAUCAACUCAUCUGUGGAAAUGUUGGGAUUAUCAAAAUUGCUCAAAGGUAUAAUAAAUGAUCCGGACGCUAUGGACAUACACUCACCAUUUGAUAAAUUUGUCUUCCUACUUCACAAUUAUAAGAAAUACGAUCCCUUAACUUUCAAGAUUAGCAUUAUUGCAUUUAUAACUAUAUUGCUUUCGAGGUUGGGAAAAGCUUUCGGUACGAGAAGCUAUCCCAUUUACGAAAGACGAAUUGCGAUCAUACCCGAAAUUUUGAUUGUUUUAAUAGUUUCUACCUAUAUGUCGUAUUUAUUCGAAUGGAACGAUAGAGGAAUUGAAAUCAUUGGGAAAAUUAAAAACGAAGGUUCAUUAUCAUUUUAUAACCCUAUUUCAUCUAAAAGCUUAUCAUUGAUUAGGACAUUGAGUCCUGCUGGAUUCUCAUGUGCGAUGUUAGGUUUUUUUGAAUCUGCAAUUGCAGCGAAAUCGUUGGGAUCAAGUUUUGAUAUUCCGAUAUCAUCAAAUAGAGAGUUGGUUGCACUAGGGUCAAUCAAUAUUGUGGGUUCUAUAUUCGGAUCUUUACCAGCCUUUGGUGGCUAUGGAAGAUCUAAGAUUAAUGCGAUCGCUGCAAAAAGCACAUUACUGGGUGCUAUAAUGGGCCUCCUCACCUUGCUCACAACAUUUUUUUUGAGUGGUUGUUUACGUUUCAUUCCAAAAUGCAUUCUCAGUGUUAUUAGUGGAAUCAUAGGGAUCCUGUUGAUUGAGGAAGCCCCGUAUGAGCUAUUGUUUCAUUGGAGAAAUAAAGGGUAUAAUGAGCUAGUUACAUUUGGGAUCACUGUGGUAUUUACUCUCUUUUUUUCAAUGGAAGCAGGUAUAGCAGUUGGCUUAAUAUAUCUGUUGAUCAGAGUCAUAAAAAACUCAACCGAAUCUAGAAUUCAAAUCUUGGGAAGAUAUCCUGGUACAAAUAAUUUUGCAGAUGCCGACGUUCAUCCAUCAAGCUUGCCCAUUGAGUCACCUAGUUCAUCGCCGGAAUCGCCUCUCGCAUUCGGAUCUCAAAAUCAGAUUGAAAAGCCCAAUAUUUAUAGAAAGAACUUGAAUAUUUUUCAUGAUGAUUCAUUCACUUGCUUGAAUACUGAUGUUCUUGAAGAAAUAGAAGGAUGCUUGGUAAUUAAGGUCCCUGAGCCAUUGACGUUUACGAAUACCAGUGACUUGACGACUCGACUAAAGCGAGUUGAGAUGUUUGGGUCUACCAAGGCUCAUCCUGCUUCUAAGAGGAAACGCUCAAGCUCUAUGACAAAAUAUAUUAUAUUUGAUAUGGAUGGGAUGGUUGAGCUCGAUUCAUCUGCGGCUCAAAUUUUAUUGAAUUUACUUCAGUCUUACAGGGAAAGACAUAUUCACUCAUUCUUCGUAAGGGUGCCCGUAAAUAAAAAAUUAAGGUUGAGACUAGAGCGUUCUGGUAUCACUGACCUUUUAAUCAAGGAUUUAAACGAAUUGAAAUACUACGAAACGAACGACAUGAUAGCUCGUUUGCGCAUAAAGAGAAGAGGAAGUGGGGUCUCUUCGUCCAUCGAUAAUCCAGUAGGACCUAACCCUCUUUCAUUAGAUUCAGCAGAAGCUUCUGGUAUAUAUAACCUCGCCGAGGGACCUUCACAACCAUAUUUUGCACACAUCACCGAUGCAUUGAAAGUGAUAGACUUUUAUGAAAAUGACAUUCAAGCCCACUCGCAUGAUUAUCUUGAGAUUGACGGAGUCGACAGACGCUCCAGUCUUCCAAACUCUAGUAUUGUAUAG